AUCUACUGCAGUCAUUCCGUCAUUCAUACGCCACAUUCGCCUUUCAUUCUCUCAUUCAUGGCGAUCGUACAUCUUAGGGCAUGGAAGAAAACGAUGAUGAUUUCUUCUCCGAUGAUGGCUUCGAGGAUCUGCCACCGGGCACAUUACUCCAGCUGGAACAGAACGCGGUCUUAGCAAACCAGACUGCACAGCCCCAAUCUCAGACUACAGCGGCAAUAGGCCAGCCCUCUCGAGCCUUUACUAGUCAUAAUUUCCAAGCGGCAGCUUCCGAGCAGACCUUCCUCCCCAAUGCUUCAUUAAAUCCCCCGGCGCAUUUACACACGGGAUUGACCAGCGAUUACGGCGCUUUGGAUGUAGGGGAGUUGGACGCGGUGGUUCUAGAAGAUGAGACGGAGUCGAUGCAUGGGCUGGAUCAACCAGCUGUACCUACUGAGCAGUCUGGCUCCUACCAGGUUGUUGCCAACCCGGAAGGAGAGGGUGAACAAGCUUACCCCGAGGCCAUGGAGGUUGAAGAGAAAGCUUCCCACUCUAAGCGUGGUCAUGUAGCCUACGCCAUAAUAAACGAUACGGUAACGUCAUAGGUCCCUGAUCUGCAUCACUGCAGCGUUAAUUCUUGACAAUAGCUGGCAGCGGAGAAUGAACGGUACAAGCGAAUGAUGGAAGAGCUGGCAGCGGCCAGAUCUAUGGCAGAAACAAAAGCUGGGGAAAUUGCUAUCAUCCGAUCAAACCAGGCGAAACUUGCGGAAAACUAUGAACGUCAGGUUGCCGCCCUGCGGAAGGCGAUGGCUGAGGAGGUAGCUAGGCACAAGGAAGAAGUCGAGGCCGCACGUGCAGAAGGCAAGAUGCUAGCCACGGAGAAUGCAUUUCUUAAGCAAGACCUUGCCGAAGAGUCCAUGCGGAUCAGCAAUUUGAAAGCGAAAGGCCGGGCAGAGGAAAAACCAGCUCCAGGAACACCAAAGAAACACAAAGCCCUGCCUUUCCGCGAUGGAUUCGAUGACGAUGAGAUCCUUGCCGUCUCUCCCAGCAAAUCUACGCGGUAUAAGCGAAUGAGCCCGACAGUGGGUGAUAAACGGAAGCGGAGGCUCAGCGAGGAUAGCCCGAUACCACUUGACUUAAGCCCACAGCCGGAGCUUAUGCAUGUUGAAACUGCUGUCGGUGACAUGUCGGACGAUGCAUUAGAUGAAGCCAUACCGAAACGAGCCGUGCAUGUCGACGAUCAAAACUCGCAGUUGGUCAAGCGCCUAUUGAAUCAUCGAACAUUCCCCAACGAAAACAGUGAUAUUGAAGUGAUGGCUAGAUUAACAUUCCCAUCAGAGCCUCAGCGAACACUCUCGUCAAUUCUAUUGGAGGAAGUGGCAAACCUUGAUAUCGGUAGUUAUUUGCUAGAAUACGCACGGGCUAUAAUUUCAUUAUGGUCUCGUGCUCUGCGCGAAAGAUUCUUCGAGCCCGUUCCCAUUUUCAUGGGGAUUAUGCGGCAUGUCUUGGCUCUGGAUGCGCCUUCGUCCGCCUCCGAGUUGAUCGAGCACCUAGUCCCGCUAUUACAAGAGUCGGGGGAAGUUAACGGCAUCCCCCGGUUUAAACACUCCCCCGUUUCGCGGCAAAGUUUUGGGCAGGUCAGACAGACGCCAUUAUCUGAGCUACAGCCUCUUGUAAACUCAACUGAGGCGCUGGGCCUCCUGUACCAAAUAGCUUGCUCAUGCUUACAUAUCGACCGCGUGUUGGAGCAAUUUUGGCGAUUCAUGCGCUACGACUUUAUCCUGAUGAUGUUAAACUGCUCGCAAUCCAUAAGCGACAUCGUCCUAACCCUAAACCUCCUAUCGACCAGCAUUCGCAUCGAGUCUUUUGGUUCUGUUCAGGACACGGAGCAGGACCAGGUCGCAAACGAAAACUACAUCGUUGAUCGCGUGGCGAACCUUCUGAGUGAGAUACCACAGGUAGACGAGGGACAGCCCCCUUAUAUGGCUUCGGAGAUUUGCGAUAUGCGGCUGGAAGCAUUGUCUCUUUUGACAUUGGUAGCUUUCAAUCAAGAGGCCCCCGCUAGUACUCACGGCAGCAUGGUCAUUGCAUCACACUCUACAGCGCUAGCACGACUAAUCCGAGCCAUGCACGACGAAUUAGAUGCUUUGUAUGCAUCACCGCCCGAAAAGGAGUUGCACGCAGCGUUAGUAAAUGGGUUGAUGCAUCUAGUGUACGGGGUGAUCCGUCGGCAUCCAGAGCACGUCGAUCUCCAGUCGAAGCUCAGCCGAGUAACGGGAGGCAAACAGAAAUUUUUAGUGGUGCUGACGAGACUCGCGUUCAGCGAAGGGCAGAUACUAGAGGCCGGUAUCGAGGAUGAAACGGUAGAGAUGGCCCACGAGAUCUUGGACGACGCUGUGAAUCCUCAGGAGGCCGAGGCUCUGCUCGAAGCGUUCCCGAGUUCAAAGCAGCAGGAAUAGAACAAAGAUGAGCAGGUAGAUAGAUAUACAGGGUGGAAUAUGACAGUAAUGAUGAUACAGGACUGGUACUACUACGAUGGCAUUAAUUUGGGAUUUAGGGCUAUUGUUAAAUAGAGACCAGGUGGGGAUAACUUGAAAACACAAUAGCCUGCUAUAUGCGAAGAUCUGGCAAUUCAUUGUAGUACAAACUCAGACAGCCAUGGUAGAAGGGGGUUGUGAUACAAAUCAACUACAUUAAGUAUUAUCCCUCUUCUCCAUACCCCCGCUCAAGGCGGAGAGAUGAUGAAAAGAGAAUGAUGAUUCCACCAAGUGGAACGGAGCCAAAGAAUACGCCUGCCAAUGACCCGAAGGCCGUUGGACGGAUUGUUCCACCGCGCUGUGCAAUGCAGGGACCAAUCCGUGGUGGACCGCCU